GCGCUUUAGUCACAGUUCAGAUUUUGCCAGAAGCAGCAGCACGGCGGCAGAUAGGCGAAGAUUAUACGGUGAAGAUUAUACGGCUGAGAUUAAUACGGACUACGCGUCACCGCGACAGUGUGUGAGCGAGCGAGAGAGAGAUUAGUGAGAAGUGAGAAGGAGAGAGAGAGCAAGAUGUCCCAAACCCUGGACGAUCUUUUGCUGCGCCAGGAGCAUGCCCGGCAGCUUCGCCAGGCUACACGCUCAAAAUUCCGGAGGAUUAAUUCGCUGGACCUGAUUCCGGAGCACCCCAGCCAGUCGGAGGAGGAGGAGGAUAAGGAUCAGCAGACUCCACAUCGUCACUUUGUGACCCUGCGUCGUCAAAGGACUGCCGAUGGAAGUCUCCUGAGGAGCCAGUUUCAGUCCAGAGCUCCACCACAGGCCAAUCUGGGCACCCGAAUGCUGCUCUUUGGUCCCCAGUUGCUCAUGCGACUUCUGCUGACCAUCCUAAGAUACGUCCUGUACAUUCCGCUCUCGAUAGCGGCACCCAGUUUCUGGCUAUCCGCUUUGCUUUGGAUAUUCUGGAAGCUCCUGAGGGUGCCCAUUGCCCUGGUUAAGUGGCUACUGAGUGGAGAGGAGGAACUAGGUGCAGUCCAGAGGCAAAAGACCAUUCUGCUGAGCUGCGGCAGCACCAUUCAGAGCCUCCAUUUGGCUAGGAACUUCUACGGCUCCGGUGCCCGAGUGGUGGUCUUCGAGUUCGAGGGUCUCUUCGGUCUGGCCCGCUUCUCCACAGCCGUGGACAAGUUCUACGUGGUGCCCCGGCCCACGGCCAACAACCCGGAUCAAUAUAUAGCAGCUCUAUGUCACAUUGUUAAGAAGGAGCGACCGGCGGUGUAUAUACCCGUGUGCGCCACAAGUCCGGCGUACUUUGAUGCGCUGGCCAAGCCACACCUGGAGGUCUUGGGAUGCGCCAGCUUCAUACCCAGUGUACAGGAGACCCUCCAGCUGGACGAUUGCCUGCAGCUCUUCCAGAGAUGCGAGCAGCAGCAGAUGGCUCUGCCGGCCCAUGUGGUCCUUACCGCGCCGCGGCAGAUCCAGCAAAUAUACGAGAGCGGGUUUGUGGGCAACUACCGGAACAUCCUGAUGGCUGCCGGAAUGCAGGGUGUCCUGGAGCGGCACAAGUACAUACUCCCCAACAGGAGGACGGAGUUAAAGCUCAACCAGCACGAGAUCAGCGAGCAGCAACCUUGGCUGGUGGUGCGGGAUCAACCGGGCUAUCAUCACUAUGUCACCUGCACCACUAUCAAGGACUCGCGAGUGGUAGCCAAUGUGAGCUGCCGGGUGGAGCAUCACACCAAGAACCUGAUCCCGGUGCCCCGAGACGACGAAGCCCAGAUCGAGCUCUGGCUGCGCUCCUUUUUCGCCAAGGUUCGAUUCCAGAGGCCCAUCAACGGACACAUCAGCUUCCGGCUGGUCAAGAGCCCCGCCCAUGGUGGACAGUUCGUGCCCCUAGGCACGCGAUUGGGCGUGGCCCUACCCUACAUAUGCCACAAUAGGUCGCAUGCCCAGCUCUUGUGCCGGGCUAUGAAGUGCAUUCACAGGCGGGGCCUGCCGGAGGACGAGCUGCCCAACUGGAGCUGGUCGGCGCUGGAGCGGAGCACCUCGACGACGGCCCUGGACAAGCGGGAGGCGCUGUUUGCCUACUGGGACCCGCUGCCGUACUGCGCCUACUAUCACUUCCAGCUGCCGCUCGAGAACGUGAAGCUCUUUUUGCAGCGCCGGAAUCGCGCCACGACCAAAAGUUUAUCGCCCCGCAUCACGGUGCCGGUUCAUUGAACGGCCGGACGGAGGAUCACGGGGAGUAACUGCAGCUGGGUGGGAGCUGAAGGGAGCAGGAGCUGCCGAAGCAGGAGGAGGAGGAGGUGAAGCAGCCAGCGAGAGAGAUUAAACAGACUGAUCAAUAAUGGAAAAAAUAUAUAUGUACACAUCUUGCAUUCUA